AUGGUCCAAGCAAAAGGCCUAUUGGCCCUCAUUCUUGGUAUCUCUGCAUACCAUGUGGAAGCCCGAGGCUCCUCCCGUGGUAGAGCCAAGUACACCCUCGAUGAUAUUCAUCCCCUGAUGGAUCCGAGCUCGGGUCUUGUGAAGUGUUGCCCGGAGGGAACCGAAUUCGACGGCAAGACCUGUGUCCUUGGCGUACCUACCUGUCCGGAGGAUUUUAUUCGCAAGGAUAACAAGUGUGUCUCGAAAUUCAAGCCGAUCUGUCCCGACGGAAGCGAGUACGACGGGAACCUUUGCGUGUCUAGUGUUCUCCCCAACUGCCCGCCGCCUACCACCCUCAAGGGUAACUCGUGUGUGGCCGGAUCACCAACCUGUCCCGCUGGUCUUGAGUAUAACGGCAAAGUCUGCCUAUCGAAACAAACGCCGGCGUGCCCUACCAACUACUCCUUUAAUGGCAAGACUUGCGUUAGUGUGAAGAAGCCCCAAUGUCCUGAAGGCCUGAAGUUUGGCGACGGGAAGUGUAUCAGUGUUGGCUCUCCCCUCUGCCCUGCUGGCGCAGAGUAUAAUGAAGACCUUGGAGUGUGUGCUUCCAUUGUUGGUCCCGUGUGCGAUGAAGGAAGCCAGCUCAAGAACGGCGAGUGUGUGUCUGAUACUCCGCCAUCCUGCCCUGAGGGCAGCACGUUCAACCCUACGACAGUGAAAUGUACGUCAACUGAGAAGCCGACCUGCCCAACUGGAUCCGAACUGGAUCUACACUCGCAGAAGUGCGUGAUUAGUGAGGAGGCCCAAUGCCCUCCCGGUAAUGUCGUCUCCACUGAUCUUGCUUCCGGUGUUGCCCGUUGUUGUCCGGACGGUAUGGCUUGGACUGGUGACGUCUGUCGCUUCGAAAUUGAUUCGAGCGGUCAAUGCCCCCCCGGCCUCACCCAGGUGGGCAAGUACUGCCAAAAGCUAGUUACGAUGAUUCCCCAAUGUCCCCCUGGCGCGAAACUGGAUGGCAAUCGCUGUACGCUCACUGAGCUCCCUGAAUGCCCUCCUGGUCACAUCCUGGAAGGAUCCACUUGCGCUAUCAUCGAGAAGCCCGAAUGCCCUCCUGGUUUAACCCUCUCGGGAGAAAGCUGUAUUUCUACUGUCGAAAUUAACUGCCCUGCCGGCACUAGGUUCGAGAAGGGUAUUUGUGCAAGCAUCUCCCCGCCUGUUUGUGAAGACGGGUUCAUUUAUGACGGGACUAACUGCGUCUCCACCACCCAUAAUCCCACAUGUGCUGAGGAGGGCAACACCCUAGACGGCGAGGACUGCGUCACCCCGCACAUCCCAACCUGCCCUGAAGAUACAACAUUCGACGGUACCCGUUGUGUUUCCACCAGCACGCCUUCCUGUCCGUCCGGCUCUGUCCAUAACGGCGAGGGCGACUGUCUUACCAGCUCCGUCCCUCAAUGUGGUCCCGGGUCUACUUUAGUUGCUGGCGGCUGCAUCGUUGGGAUCCCCACCUGCCCGAAAGGCACGGUUUGGGACUCGAAGCAGUGCAUUAGCCCCAAGGACCCUGAGUGUCCACCGGAGCACAAGUGGAGCAACGGAAAGUGUAUCAACCUGGUGAACACGGAAUGUGAGCCAGGAUACACCAUGGUAAAUGGCGAAUGUGUCUCCGAUAGUAAGCCAGAGUGUCCUCCCGGAACCGCAUUCAACGGUCAGGAAUGUGUGGGAGAAGUCCCCAACUGUCCUGACGGACUUAUUUUUGACGGAGAGGAGUGUGCCCAUCCCGAGGAACCUGCCUGUCCCACUGGAAUGAAGUUCAACGGCAAGAAGUGUGUAGCGCAGAGGCCACCUGCUUGUCAACCUGGUACCGUCUUUGACAAGAAGACGAAAGAGUGUGUGGCGGUUGAGCCACCUCAGUGCCCCCCUGGACAGGUCUUCAAUGGCAAGAACUGUGCCCUGGCCUCCGGAGGCUGUAUGAACUUCGAGUAUUGCCCUGCGCUGGGCGGUCUGUCCACGGGCGGUCUUUCUACAGGUGGUCCUUCUACAGGAGAGUCGGGAUGUCCUGACGGUACUGUGUACGAUAAGUACACUGGCAUGUGUGCGGAUUGGUGA